AUGAAUAAUAAUUAUUCAAGUAAUUUUACAGUAGGACAAAUUGAGGGUGGUUGGCGCGAAUGGUCUCCAUGGAACACGUGUUCCGUGACUUGUGGUCAUGGCUUACAGAGAAGAUGGCGCUUAUGCGAUUCGCCAAUUCCUAAAAAUGGAGGAAAUUCAUGUAAAGGCGAAUUUGUUCAAAGACAAAUGUGUUUUACCAGCCACUGUAUCGAAACAAGCACUGUAGCAAUUAAUACAAGUAACAGUAACUGCCUCUGUGGUUGUCUGCUUAGCAACGAAAAGGGUAGAUUUUUUGCUCGUACGUGUGGAAACAUGACAGACUGGAUAUUAAAGCCAUCUGGAAGAUUUUUAUAUUUAAAACUAACUUAUUCGUCAUUGGUAAUUAACAAAUUACGUAUGAAAAUUUAUCGUGGAUGGAAAAAGGAGGAAUUAGUGUAUGAUUCUGAAACGCAAAAAGUAGUCCCUAACGAUAGUUUGUUUUUCGCUAAUGAAGAUUACUUUGUUAUUUCUUUAAUGGAUAUUAACAACUCGUAUUCAAGCACUGAUUCUGGGUUAGAAAUAAGCUUCGAGUGGCAAAAUAUAACUGAUAUGGCCCUACCAGGCAUCACAUCAGGAUUUUUAGACGAUCACGCACUUCAUCCACGUAAUCUACAUUCUAUGUGGUGGUUUCUAUCAAUAGCCUUUUUUUGUAUCGUAAUUACAUUACUCCCACCAUUUCUAUGCGCUCAUCUUACAAUACUAAUUGUACAAAAAAAAGAUACUCGACGAACUCGACAACAAUAUGUUCAUAAAUUAUUAGGAGAGUCAAGAUUCGAUAUCAAUAUGAUACGAUCCCAAGAAACGGAUAUUACGGAAAUUCCGUCGAAUCCAAAUGUUGUCACGAAACGUUCUAUCGGCAUACAGCUUUCUGCUUGCUCAACUCCACGUUAUCCGCGAUACAGAGGUAUAUUUUGGAGUUCGCGAUCAACCCACUCACCACAAAUCACACCACGAAAUGACGGGCAUUCAUCGUCAUCAUUUAAUACAGAGAAUGACCUCGAGUACGACUACUAUGAACCCGCGGUACCAGGGUCAUUUCUUACAUCAAAUUUCAAUUUCUACUCUGAAAUUGAUAUUGAUCAAAUUAUUGGUGGCGACUCCGAGCUAUCACGAAGUCUGAUAUCAAGGAAUGACGCAUGUACACAAAUCGACAUCGAUACCUGA